AUGGAUGACACUGCCCGUUCGAUUCGCAAGAAUAAUGCCAGAAAGACUCCGCUGCCUUCUCGCAUAAAAAACAGGAGAGGCUGCAGGGCAUACGGAUUGAAGAACCUGGCAAUAAUCAUAGCGUUUCUAAGUGUCGGGAGGUUCAUAAUAGAUAACAACAAAGAAUUCGGGUUUCUGAUGUCUCUUCCACUGCAAACACUUUCUCUCUCAGAAUGCAUCUACUUCAUCAUCACUAUUGCAAUUUCAUUAGCACGAUCAUUCAUCGGGUUCUACAUCGAAACAACUAAUCAAAGGCCAGUGUACAUCCACAUCAACAUUGUCGUCAUGGAGGCUAUAAUUGCAUACUUGAAUCUGAAACAUAUAAAGCAUAUAUAUUCAUCCGGAUGGUCAAUGAUAUUUGAUAUUGUUUGUGUGGCCAAGCUGAUAUCAUUUCAUCUUGUAAGUAGAGAGUCAAAACGAAAGGCCUGUACUAGCCAUACAGUACCUACAUUAGGGCACUUCUCGUACUUCUUGUCAGUCCCUACUCUUUGCUUUGAGUUCGAAUUCCCGCUUAGAACUAAACGAGACACUACGAAAAUCAUGUGGAGAUUUGCCCAACUAGCACUUGGAUUCCUUCUUUUUGUAUUUGUAAUGGACCAAUAUGCAAUCCCAAGCAUAUAUAGAAUAACUGGAUUCAGCAACAUAACAACAGUGGUUGAGAACAUAAUCAAUUUUUCAAUAAGCACAAUCAUAUUGUUUCUUGUGUUUUUCUACACAGUAUUCUACUGCCUUCUUGAAGCAAUUGCCGAAAUAACAUUGUUCUACGACACAUGCUUCUACCAGGAAUGGUGGAAUGCAUCAUCGGCAAGGGAAUUCUGGGCACUGUGGAAUAGGCCCGUAUAUGUUUGGCUCAAGAAACAUGUUUAUUCGGCAAUGAUCAGUAAAGGCGUGUCUAGAAGCAAGGCUGCAGCCAUGGUGUUUGUGGUUUCCGGCCUUGUUCACGAAUACGUCAUCUCGAUAUCGAUAAAGAAAUUCACUGGAUGGUUCUUCAUAACCAUGCUUAUCCAGAUUCCACUCAUACACAUAACCGAGUCGUUCAAGAGACGGUUUCCAUCCCUAGCAAACUUUUUUUUCUGGGGCACGUUUUGUGUAAUAGGACAGCCUUCCGUAAUGCUAUUGUACUACAGAUCGUUGUAUAUAAAAAAGCAUCGCAUGUAG